AUGAUCGAGGGCGCUAGAUUGUCUUCAAACUCGGGAUGAAACCAGCUUUUCACACACAGCUCGUCAACUCUCGCCAAGACCUUCACAAACGGCCCGCCGGCCACUCGCCAUGCCUUCGGCAAUGACCAAAAUCGCCUGCUGCGCCAUCAUGCUCUUUUGCCUGUUCCAAGUACUGGCAUCGGCAUCGCAGCAGCGGCCGCUCAGCCCACCCGCAGACGUAGACAGCAUCGACAACGUCGAGAGCCUCGACAGCCUUCUACAACUCGCAGCCCAAAGAGCCCUGAACAGCCAACACCUACCUUCAGACAACAUCCUGCACGAAGUUGUCCUAGGCCACAGACUCCACCGACACAUCGAAUCUACCGAGCUUCCUGUCCGCGAUGGCCCACUCGACCAGUCCCCUCCACGAACACAGCUUCACCUUCACCCUCUGCACGUUGCAGUCCACGAACAAGUCCUCCUCCAGUAAUCCAUCGCUCCGCUGCAUCAGAUCAGUUCGUGCUUCCAGACCCACCUCUACCAACCAAGUCAAAGGUCUCCUGCAGUACACUCUUGUGCCGUUAGCAAAUCCAUAUGCAUCGAUGGCCCGCCGACUUGACGACCUUUACAGCUGCAAACAUAUCCUCGUGGCAGCACUUCUUCCGUCUACGCUUUGAGGCGUACGAACGGG